AUGGCGGGAGCGCUGAUCAUGUUUCUGUUUCUUGCGCCGGAACCGGAAACCAUAGGGCUGGAGUCGCCGCAUUCGCUGCUGCUGUCGGAGUCGUCUAGUGAGGCGGGCGGGAGCGUGCACGGGGAGGGGGACGAGGAGUCGGGGUUCGAGGCUGUUGAGUGCGCUGACGUGGCGGCUGGUUUCGAUGCUGCCCUGUUAGCCCCUAAAGAGGCUACUUAUGCGUCAGUAUCGGAGCAGCUUGCAGUGCCGCUUUUGCAGGGGAAGGAUGAUGCGGGGCCGGGAGCGGAGGGUCGGAUUGUGAUAACAGAGGAUGUGCUUAAAGCGGGGAUGGGAGGGAGCGGCGAGGAGCACGAGGCGAUCAGUUUCUGGGACGCAUGUCAAAUUCCUGGUGUUGCGGCGUACGCGUUAUGCUUGUUCUUCGCUAAGCUUGUGGCGUACACGUUCCUGUACUGGCUCCCGUUCUACAUCAAGCGCACAGAAAUAGCAGGCCACCAUUUGACUGACGCGUUUGCGGGUGUGACAUCGACAGUCUUUGACCUAGGAGGGGUGCUGGGGGGGAUAGUAGCAGGCCAUCUUUCCGACCAUACAGAUGCCCCUCUUCUCCCGUGCUCACUGCUCACUGCUCUCUCCUCUUCCUCCCUCUCCCCUCUUUUCCCUACGCCCCUUGGAGCAGAGAUUGCCGGGCACCAUCUGACUGACGCGUUUGCCGGAGUGACGUCAACAGUCUUUGACGUAGGAGGGGUGCUGGGAGGGAUAGUGGCAGGCCAUCUCUCCGACCAUACGGGCGCCCACGCCACCAUGUCCGCUUCCUUCAUGCUCCUAGCCGUCCCCGCUCUCCUCCUCUACUCUUUUCUGGGCGGAAUUUCGCUCUCUGUGCACAUAGGGCUGCUCUCAUUGGUCGGAUUUUUUGUGAACGGGCCCUAUGCGCUUAUCACUUGUGCUGUGUCGGCUGAUCUGGGGCAGCACGCGUCGCUCCGAGGGAAUUCCAAAGGGUUGGCUACGGUUACUGCGAUUAUUGAUGGCACGGGGUCGUUAGGGGCUGCUCUGGGUCCGUUUCUAACGGGAAUAGUGGCAGAGAUUGGGGGAGGAGGCGGGGGGAAAGGAGCAGGAGACCUGGGGUGGAGGCUGGUGUUUGGAAUGCUUAUUUCUGCUGCACUGGCUGCAGUGUUGUGUAUACUGCGGUUAGUUAUUGGCGAGUUCAAGGACGCAGCAGAGACGUCAGCUGCGUUAGAUGCCUUCUUAGAAGCGGAGAGGCAGCAGCAGGAGCAGGGAAGAGAAGGAGAGCAAGGGAGGGGCAGUGGAGUUCCAGCGGGGGAGCAGCUGGGAGGGGAGAGGGGCGAACAAAUGGGGGAGCAGAGGGGGACACAACGCGUUACGAAGCUAGAGUAG